AUGGCAGUGACCAAGGAGCUCUUACAGAUGGACCUGUACGUGCUGCUAGACAUUGAGGAGAAGGUGGCAGACAAAGAGGUGGAGAAGGCACAUAGGCAGAAGGCCCCCUCCUGCUACCCUGAACUUCCACUGGCAGCUGAACCCUUCCACCAGCAUUCUCAGGCCUUGGAGGUGCUGACCGAUGCUGCAGCCAGGGCUGAGUAUGACAAGGUCAGGAAAGCCAAGAAGCAGGCAGCAGAGAGGACUCAGAAACUAGAUGAGAAAAGGAAGAAAGUGAAGCUUGAUCUGGAGGCCUGGAAGCGGGAGCGGCAGCACCAGGCGGAGGGGGAGGGGGACGAGGAGGGGGAGGAGGAGGAGGAAGAGGAGGAGGAGCUGGAGGAGAGCCUGAGCACCAGGACAGUAGAGCGAGAGAUCAAACGUCUGAGUGAAGAGGGUUCCCGGCAGCUGGAGGAACAGCAGAGGCUGAUCCGGGAGCAGAUACACCAGGAGCGUGACCAGAGGUUGAGGAAAGACAAAAUACUAAAGGCCAAGGAACCCCCACUAAAGCUAAAAUGGACGUGCAAGAAGGCUCAGGGGGAGGUAAAAGGUGGCUUCUCCAAAGAUGUCCUCCUAUGGCUUUUGCAAAAGUAUGGACAGGUUCUCAACCUGGUGCUUUCCAGUAAGAAGGUAGGCACUGCUGUGGUGGAGUUUGCGACUGCCAAGGCUGCGGAGCUGGCUGCAAAUGAAGUUGGCCUGGUGGAUAACCCUCUGAAGAUUUCCUGGUUGGAGGGAAAGCCCCAGAGCACCGUGGGCCCCAGCUGCCCAGCACUGUCAAAGGGCUCAGUGCUGUCGGUGAGGGAAUACGAGAGCGUCAUCAUGAUGCACAUGCGCCACGCGGCCGAGCUGCAACGGCUGAUCUCAGAGAUGCACCCGCAAGACCAAGAGGGGCAGCGCAUGUAACCCUGGCUCCAGCCACCCGCCCGCAGCCUUUUUCUUUAACGUCACCAAUAAACUUGUUUGUUUGUUUUUAAGAAAAAAGAAGGAAUGAUAAGAUGUAAGGAAACUCUGUAUGGUAUCUUAGGGCUGAUGGAGAGUACUCAAGGACAAACUUGGAAGGUGUUCAGACUUUGUUGGAGAAAAUGUGGGUCAGUUCACUGGAUACCAGGAAAGUUCACAAUUUUGGCCAGACCAGAGCUGAUCUGAGUUCCUUGGUAAGUGAAAGGCCACCUCCAGGGUAUAGGGGAUCAACAACUCUAAGCAAGUGUAUCCAAGGGAUUCCCCGCAAUUGAUGGGGCCGGAGAUCUUUAGAGCGGACAGUCUGUGGGGCUCCGGUUUUCAGAGAGUGCUGUGGAAAGAUUAUCACCAGACAGAGGCUGCAGUGUCACAGAGGAACAAAGGCUGGGCAGGUGACUGGGGCAGGCUCUACUAGCUAUCCUCACCCCCGUCCUGCUGACACCCAGCUCACACAGGAAGUCUGUAAUGCACUAUUCCUCAAGCACCCUCUACUGCUCUUAUCAAAGGAAAAAUUAUUUAAAAUAUUCUGCUUUAGAGCAUAUGUUGAAAUGUGAAUUCAGAGCCGAGAAAUAAUAAACUGACAACUGACACAAAUGAUUAUUAGGGAUACUUUAAGUCAUUUUUAGUCAUUUGAGGAGAAAACUAAGUCAUCAAUGCACUGCAUGGAAGUAAAAAAGUCAAGUGAUAAAACCAUAACUAAAUAAACCCAGACUGCCACAUCA